CGGUCUAAUCGAAAUUAUUUUGCAUCCAGAAACAAACAAACAAAAAAAUGUGUGACGACGCCAAUGACGCCGCCUGGGACGACUCUCUGUUGAUCAAAGUCUACGACGAAUCCGUUAAUCUGGCACGCGAGGCGUUGGCCCGCCGCUUGGCAGACUCCACCAAUUCGCGCGAGGAGGAGAACAAGAAGGAGGAAUUCAACAUUGAAUCGGCCACCGAUGCCACCAGCCCCGAGCCUGUUUUCUUCAAGGUGGGAGACUUCGCGCGGGCCACAUACACUGAUGGUGUGGACUAUGAGGGUACCGUGGUGUCCAUCAAUGAGGAGGCAGCUACGUGUGUGAUCCGCUACCUGGGGUAUGAAAACGAGCAGGAGAUCUUGCUCGCCGAUCUGCUGCAAUCUUGGGGCAAGGACGCCCGUCGCCAGCAGUCCAUAAUGGCCUACCAGUUCGAGGCCGAGGAAGCGCAACAGGAAAAAGUUCGCGGAAAGCCUGCCAGUGCCUCAAAGAAGUCGUCCGCCAAGGCAAAACCUGCUGCCAGCGCUGGUAUCUCUGGAGGACCGGGCAUGCCCACUAUGCCAUUGAUUCCUCCUAUCAUCCCCCCCUGUGGAAAUCCUGGCGAGGAACAGGACCUUAUGUCCAUGCUCACUGCAUGGUAUAUGUCUGGCUACUAUACGGGCUAUUUCCAGGGGAAGAAGGCGAUUCCACGACAGGUGGAAAAGAAAAAGACUCCCAAGAAGUAACUUGAAACUUGUAAAUUGUAAGACUUGUAACCAUUAAGAAGCCAACACAAAAUAAAGAUUCG